AUGUCCAACACCAAAAGCAGCGUCGGACAAGUACUCUCAUUAACAUCUGAUUUGGACGAGGUUGACAGUGAUCGCUCCAUCAACACUAUUUUGAAGAUCGACGAUCGACCCAAGUCAUUCAAUACCCAUCCUGGGAAUAUUCUCAAUAGAGAUGCCAGAGGGGGUUUGGCCGAUACUUUGGCCGAAGCUAUAAGUCUGGCGGCAUCUGCCAGAAGUACCCAGAUAUUUCCUAAGCUCGACCCGAGGUUCAUGAACCAGAAGGAUAUCGCUUUGCCAAUGGGGACCUGGAAGGGUGAUCUCAAGUCGCUUGGAGAUACCCUGUGCAGCAGCAAUGGUGAUACAAACACGACAGGGUCCAUUCUGGUGUACAGAUUGUAUGAUGCUGAUCUGAACCAAAGUGGAUCUGAUAAUGCUAUCAUUCGGAAGAGUAAAUAUCCGCUUUUCAAGGACGACAGCGAUCAUCCGUCGGUCUCUGAUCUAAGGAUCUUACAAAGCUCGGCAAUUGAGGUCCAAACUCGAUUGGACGAAGGAUUGGCGAAAGGUGACACAAGAAAUGUGGCUGAUUUCUUCACCAAGAGUAUUGAUCUUGAGCAAAAAGCUAAAUCAGCGUUUUUGGCAAGAAAGACCAUUCUGAGUGUACUGAACAAACUCACAGAGACACCUCAACCAAGAUACUUCUGGCACUAUAAAGCGGUCCGAGGUGAUGGAGAGGAAGGCCAAGCAGAAGAGGACGUUGAAGCAUUUACAUUUCGACUUGAUCAGCGUCCACUCUCACUACUUGACCCUGAAAGGCCAUCUUCCCGAGAGCUUUCGCUAAAUGAGCAAGCCACUUUACUUCUAGCUGCUCGCCUGGGUCUCAACAUUUUUCAGUCCCACAGGAGAUCGAAGGAUCCAGAAAUGUGUGCAAGCAUCAAUCAUAAGAGGGAAACAGUCGAAAGAAAAUCUUUGAAAGUUUUAGCUAUCUUGUCUAGUAAAGAUGGCAAUCCAAUUCAACGGGGUGUGACAACCCUUUUGCGGGUAGAUCCUCAAUUUGCCUCCCAAGAUACGUUUGAAAACGAUGAUGUUGAGUCCAAUAGCAUUGGAGCGGUCUCUGGGGGACCAUCAGAGUCAGGAGUGAACGGUGGCACUUCUUCAAAAGAGGUCAAUCGCAGUUCUGCAUUAUUUCAUCAACAUCUUUACCGAAAUUUGUCAAGAGGUGAUUCGGUCGAUCUGGCUGAUUACAUUGCAAAACACGGAGAUGAACAAGAUCUACAUCCUGGGUUGAAAGCGUUCUUUGCAAAGAAGGCUGUGUGA